AUUGUGAAUUUCAGUUAAGACAGUGACUCUGAGGAGCUAUCUCCAUUCGAAUGUAACCAGACACGUAAGAAAUCCGCGAUUAAGAUUGGACUUGGAACAUGAAGGGCUCUCAUUUACCAGAAAACGUGGUCAAAAGCUUAUCCAACAAGUUCGAAUCUUGAAAGGUUCCAUCCUCUGUAACAUGUCUGGUUCUGGAAAAUUCUGGAAAACGAAAGGAUGUUCCGAUUCAGUACUCAUCUCUCACGACCCCACCCACCCAUGAUGAUGUCGUGUUUUCCAGAAUUCUCCAAACCUCCUUCUUCAAACUUAUAUUCUAUAUAUUUCACAGAAACCCUACCUUCUCCACAUUCACACGCUACACUCCCACCACUUCAUCAAAUUAACAACCUUAAUUUUUCUCAAUACACAGAACACAACACUCUUCACAAAUGGCACACGCUUUGUCUUCUAAUCUGACUCUUAACGUUCCCACAUCGAGGUAUCUUCUUCACUCCAGACCAACCCAGUUGAAGCCAGUGAAGUUCAUGGUGAUGGGGGACGCAAGAGAAAAGCUUGACCACAUCCCAAAACCCAACAAGAACCACCACCACCAUCCUCUUCCCAAAAAGAAAGUUUCCCCUACUGCACCCAUAGCAGGGUUGUGGGACAGGUUUCCGACGGCGAGGACAAUGCAAGAGAUGAUGGAGACGAUGGAGAGGAUGGUGGAGGACCCUUUUGCAUUCAGCACACUUGAGUGGCCAUCGUCACCGUUACCGAGUGAGGGUGUGGGAGGGUACAGAAGAAGAGGAAGGGCACCAUGGGAAGUGAAAGAGGGAGAGAGUGAGUACAAGAUGAGGUUGGACAUGCCCGGGAUGAAGAAAGAGGAUGUGAAAGUGUGGGUGGAGGAAAAGAUGCUUGUGGUUAAAGCAGAAAAGGAAGCGAAGAAGAAAGAGAUGGUGGAAGAACAGGAAGAGGAAGAAGAAGAGGGAUGGUCUGCAAAGAGUUAUGGGAGGUAUAGCAGUAGGAUUGCUCUGCCGGAGAAUGUGCAGUUUGAGAAUAUCAAGGCUGAGGUUAAGGAUGGUGUUCUCUACAUCGCCAUUCCCAAAGCUACCACUUAUUCCAACAUCCUAGAUAUCCAAGUUCAAUGAUUCAUGUUUUUGUUUUUGUUUUCUUUUGCACAUUUCAUACAGAGAUUCUGGUUUCAACAACAGUUAAUUGUGUAGAUAUAUCUACGUUAGUUAUUCUAAUUUUGCCACUCUAUCCUCUCAAUA